CCUCAUUCUGUCGCCACUCGAGGGACCACCACCCCUGCCUCCAGCCGCUUCUUCUCCACAUCUGCCUCUCAACCUAGCAACGCUGAACUGGCACUGCGGACGAAAGCAUAAUUGACGAUAGCUCAGUGGAAGUCAUCUCUGAUCGACAUUGAGCCUCCUGGGCAGAUUCUCAACUGCAGUAGCCCAAGCGCUCCCAAUGCGACAAACAAUAACAAAGCCUCGAUUCUCAACAACUUCAACCCCGGCGACUGCAAAUCACGACCCCAAGACGAAUGUCUGCCACACCCUCACUCCCAGCUCGACAUCCACCAUGACUACAAAUAUGCCUCCGAGCAAGCGCGCAAGGAUGCGACGCGACCACACCGUUCCUGAGGCACGCUCCCUCAACUCUACGAUGCUACGACACCCAGGCACAUCACUGUUUACCCGCCCUAUCUGCUGGACACCAUUGCAUUCACAGCUGCUGGGCGUCAGCUUCUCUCAACAACCAGACCAGCGCACUCCCAUGCCUGCAAACACUUCUUCGCCACGCAGAUCGCGGCGCAGAUCGCGGCGCAUCCCGCCAACUGUUGUCAAACUUCAACACAACCUCCAUGCGCUUCUCACAGUGGAAAAGGAACAACCCUUGCCUCACUUAAAGACGCGCGCUCUCAAAGAAACCCUCUCGACCUUGUUCCCAUCACAUCUGUCCUGCCCAAAGACGUCUGCCGAUCUCGACCUUCGCUUUGGAAGUCGAUGCUAUGCGAAGGCUGUCAGGGCGCAGGCCAUCUGGAAAUACCCGGAUUCGGGAUCUUCGUCUUUCGACUCGGCUGCCACGUGCUCUGAUAGAUCCGCCAGCCAGCCCUUGUCGUCGACGAGCUUCAGCAGUCCUACGCAAGAUCAUCCCGUGCUGGUUUAUAUAAAUCGGAGCCAUCUCGAACACAUUCGGCGCAAAUGGACCAAGAUACCGAAGGGGCCGAACGGCUCAAGCAACAAGCCCGUGGAGCAACUGCACGCCUUGCGCUGUAAGAAGCUUAUGCCCAGCAACAUGGACGAGGACCAGUACUUUGUUGCUGCCAUUAUCGCGCUCGCUCAGCAAGCUGUCUAUGCCGAUGUACAGUCUCGGAGGACGCUUUUCAUCCCCAGAGACGUCGAAGUCCGCGUCAUCACAGUUUCUGAGGAGGAAGAGUGCUUCAUCGUCUACUCCGCGGUCGUGCCCGCUGCACACAUAGAGAUGUUCGAUGAACCCAACAAGGCGCCCAAAAACCCUGCAGACAUCCACAUCAAGCACACCCGAGUACCCGUAUGGCCGGUGCUCGGCUUGAAAGAGCGCCUUGGUCAUGUACUGGGUCGGGACGUGGUUGGUGACUUCAACGUAAACGGCAUGGACACGUAUGAAGACGAGCUCCCGCCCUGUCCGGAGAAACGUUCGGCCAAACGGCGGUGUGAAAUUCUACCAGAAGUUCUGAACGUGAGCCUUUCAGAAGAUCCCAAUGCAGGCAGCCCUGAUCACAACGACAACAAGGCGAAACGUCCGCGACUGCCAAAGAGAAGAGCUGGGCUCGUCCGAUGAAAUCCAAUUCUCCUACAAUGUCCCGAUGGAGAGGCGAGUCUUCUGACUCUAUUCUCGGCUACACAACGUCUUGCAGGCCUCACAUGAGACACGAAAUGCGACACUAGAUGAUUGCAUGGCAUCGCUUGCAUGCAAGCAUAGAAAGUUAGACAUCGGGCAAUCCAUUUGCAUUCGAAAGCCCUAUACUGGAUGGAGAAAGAGUUGUUCGGCGUUUAUUCGGCUUUACCAUGAUGGAGAGGUUAUGGCGAGAACGAAAUACCCAAGGCGGCAUGACCCGGUGUAUGAGACGAGCACGAUGCAUAGACGUCAAUUUCACGCAUAUACAACUCUAGAAACAAUACACUAGACGAUCAAU